UUGAUAUUUUACUCAUUUAACAUUUGUGUCGUGACGUCUGGACGCCGAACAUGCUGGUUGGUGAUGUCAAAGUUCCUCUACGUUUUUUCCUACGAAUACACAAGCUAGACUGCUAGUUUUAAAGAUGACCAACUUUCACCAAGGCGGUGGCUGCUUCGUCCGAUUCAGAGCUCUCACAGGACUCUUCUCUGUGUAUCAACUACAUGUACUUUAUGCCUUGUCAUUCCACAAUAAGCGAUACUCUCCAGCAAGAGACCAUCGUUAUCAUUGCAAAUUCGUUGAAGUCUAAAGUGGGAAGUCUGCUGAAUUUUACUGUCAAAUCGAGAUCAUGUAUUUACUCGUACCAGGAGCAUUAACGUAUAUCUCGCAUUAAAACCUAUUUGGUACAACUGCCCGCUAGAUCUGGAGUUUUAUACUUGAAAUCGAUGUUGGACCUUGCCAUCAGACAGGACAGGAUGAUGACUUUCAGCAACCAAAAUGGCUCAAUCUUGGAGGUAGCGGAGUUCACUUCAAGAGCCCCUAUUUUCGAGGAUGAAAAUCGAUUCGAAUUACUCCGCGAUAUCGUCCGCAUCUUCGGAAUCUACGUCACAAUGGUGGUGCUUGCCUCGGGGAUCUUCGGUAAUCUUCUUUCAAUUAUUGUUUUCAUUCGGCUCCGGAAAAAAGACGCUGUGACAGCGACCUAUCUUACGCCCAUCGCCGUGUACGAUUUGACUAAUAUUUGCAUCGGAACGGCCAACUGGGUAGUUCAGGCUCUUCCUGCUUUUUCCGGGGGGACUAUCGUUAUCGCGGAAGCAGUUUCUGACAUCCAUUGCAAGAUUCGUGUGUAUAUCGCCACGUCAUCUGGCUUGAUGUCAACCUGGACUCUAGUUGCAUUCUGCGCUGAGAGAUGUAUUGCAAUAUGGCUGCCCUUGAAAGUAGCAUCCCUGGUGACCUCAACCCGGAGAAACGUGGUCCUUUUCCUUAUUAUUCUCGCGUCAUUGAUCCUGAGCUAUUCAGUCAUACCAGUUUUUCAGAAAUUCGGCGCAAUAUGCAUCCCAAUGCCGAAGACGAUUUCGCAUACAGUAUUUCAUGCAUUGACCGAUUCCGGGUUUUACACGUCCUUCCCUAUCAUGGCCCUCUGUAUCCUCAACGCGAUUCUGAUAUGUGGUUUAUCCAGGGAAGAAAAAUCACUCCAAAAAGACAGGGGCGCAAAGACGAAAACCAAUGAAGGAAAAAUAGUGCGAAAUCUCGUCCUUAUCUCGUGUGUAUGUAUCGCAACCAUGACGCCAUUUUGUGUCCUCGGGAUUAUACAGACGAUCCGGAUGAAAAUAGGUUGGGGCGACGCCAGCAAGGAGUACAUCGAUUUCUUCACCAUGUUGGUUAAGUUGGCCUUUCUCUUUUCUUACACAAAUUUCAGCGCUAAUUUUUUUAUUUAUGUGUCUUCGCUUGACUUCUACAGGUCGGAAUGCAAAAAGUUGUUUCGCUGCUUCUGGACUUAAAUGCAAAGUACUUAAAAAAGAAAAAGUGUCGCAAACAGAGUUGCUCCUGAACCAGAUAGUCACAAUCAUUUCAACUGCGCUAGGGGGACGUAACAGUAUUUCAUCUCUGAAGAAAUGAUUUUAGUUCAAGAAUUGUCUCCUAGGUACAUGUAGUAGGACUGAAGAACGCGGGUUCGGCUGACUAGGAGUCAAAUAGAUGUACUAAACACUAACACUGAACUAAACUAACACUUCAACAAUCCAUAGGUACCUGUGGAGUGGUUGCUUCAAGCCCCCACGAGUGUCUAAUGAACUGAUAGAUGUCAGCAGUUAUGCUCACCGGUGUAACAUCUGUGGUUGUUUCCCAUGUGUCAGUGUUUCCAAACAAUAGGCAGCUAGAGAGACCAUGACUUUUCAAUAGGGGGGAUACACAGAAAAACUUGUCAAUCUAUCUUUUAGCGUUCCCAAACAAUGAGGGGAAACACUCAAAAAUAGAAACACUCAAAAACAUUACACCGGCACAGUGCCCAUCACUGACAGGUCGUCAUUCUAUCACUUCAAGCUCGAAAACGGAGACAGAUACUGGCUAUAAGUGACUAGACCCCGAGGCAGUCGUCGGUCGCCCUUAAGGAAAUAUUGGCAAGAGCGAGGCCGACCCACUGCGUCCGGAGUGUGUGAGCGGCGACAGGAUUGAACCUCCGAAAGAUGAAAUGACUAGAUAACCAGCAGGUAGAGGUCGGUUGUUCUCUCACCAAGGCUGUAGUCACCAAUGCCUAAUAAUCGUACUUCAUGCAUCAUCAAAAAGGCCGCGCUAUCGAGCGAUUUCAGUUGCUGCGAGCUAGGACGGAAUCUUGAUAACUUGUCUGUCGCAGGUCGCAGCGAAUUAAAGUGCUCGUUGGCAGUGCAUCCAACUUUUCUUAUCAAGUAGUUCUAUCAGUCAUUACUAUAUGAUCACGGUCUUCUAUAUACGCUACCAUGUUAAUUCAUUGCCUAAGAAACAGAGACCCUUGUAUUCCCAUGAAUCCCCACCGUGAACUCUGGUACCUUUCUAGAUGGCACCAUUUGUGUUUUCCAUGGUAUUGCUUUAAGAUCUUUGCUUUGUCAAGCCGCAUAAGCAGAGAUAUGGUGCUUGAAUAAGUCCAUAGCAGGCCUAGUAUAUCAAGAUCCGAAAGUAAGCAUAUGUUGAAACUAUCAGAUUUAGGUAUGCCAAGGAAGACUAAAAAAUCAACCAAAAAUGUGCCAGAUGCAAUGGUUUUGUUCGAGGGCUGGGGUUUGUAAUGACAGAAACUAUACAACUGCUACAUCGGACUGACGGGCGGGAGUGACCCGUGCCCUGAU